AUAAAAUAUUUUACUGAGAAAAAUUGUAAGUUACACCACUGCAAAGUUACACUUAAGUAACAUAAAGAAACAAUUCUUGUGUUUUCUUCAUUAUGUAUUUAUUGAAUACUAAACGAAAAUAAUGUUAUAACCAGCAAAAUACAUAGAAUAAACUGGAUAUUCUGAUAUAUUACACCAUCGUUCAGGAGUGUAUAUUGCUUGUUUUUAAUUAAGCACUUGUCAAAUGAAUCAUAUGUUUGGAGUAAUUAACUAUGUCAAUGUUUGUAUACUAAUGACAGUUUCAAAAAGUGAAUUUUAGUUCUUAAAAUAUGAAUAUUCCAACAAGUGCUGGAAAGUCUCCGUGUAAGCGACAGGAAAAUGGCGACCAAACAAUGGAAUCUGAACGCCCACUUAAAAAGGCUCGUUUUGCGUGGCAAGUUAAAGGAAAAUAUCAUUUGAGAAACGAGACUUCCGAGAAUAUUACAAGAUCCGAUGAUUUGGUGCAAGCCGGUACAUCGUCGAGUAAUGUUUCAGCAGAUCUAGUUGGGAAUACUGAACAGAAUUUAGAAAUCCUCGGGGAUUACUUGUUGAAGCAGGACUUUAAUACAUUAGAUUCUGUUAUAACAGACAACGAUAAAAGUUUACCGAACACGAACACAUCCAACAAGCUGGAGUAUCCUAUAUACGUAAGUUCUUACAGUCGAGGGUCCAGCAGUAGUUCUAGGAAUGCAAGUGAUAAAACAUAUUCAGCUUUACCAAUGUCAAUGAUUUUGUCACAGAGCUACACAGAAGAUCAGUGCAUAGCAAGAUGGCAAGCAAGACAGAUGGCCAAAGGUUUUGUGGACAAUACAAUCAACCGUGUCUUAGAUUCUUGGCUUGUAGCACCAUUGCAAGCUGAGAUGGACAAUAACAGAUUCCUUGCGUUGGAUGUCGCUGAAUUCAUAAAUAAUUUACCAGGUGACAAUACAGUUGAAAAUGAGGGUAUUUUAAUGGCAAUAUCGGCUCAUGGACUACAAAACACUUCAACAUCUAGUGGUUCAAAAAACAGUGAAUCGGAUCAAAGUGAAAUGUUGAACCAGAAGAGUGAAUGUAUGACCCCACCAAGUAGUCCGAUACCAUCAGAUGAUAACAUUACACAUGAAACCUUCACUACAGAUGACCAAAUAGAUAGUAACUCAAGUAACUUAGACAUGACAUGGUCUUACUCAGAUGAAACAAUGAGAAAAAAUGUCAAUAAUCUAACUCAAUUAGCGUUACUCCCAGAUGCAAGUUCACAGUACCAGUAUUUUAAUGAGACUGAAAAUCUCCAAGCUGCCAACAUAGAUUAUCAUAAUAUUAGGUCCAAUGAUAGUGAUUUUGACAACCAACUAGACUUCUUAGAUGCGGCCGUGUCAUUCGCAAUACAAAAUAAAGGCUUAACAUCAUAUGGAACUGAUUAUGGUUAGAUAUGGCAUUUUACAUUCCUUAUAUUUAGUUAAAAAUAGCACAAAAUAGCAAAUAGGCAAAGGUAGGGGACAGAAAAAAUGUACAGAAUUAAUUUUAGCCGAGAUAAGUAUACAAGAAAGGGAUAUAAAGUAACAGAAAAGUUAAGUCUGUGAUUACUAACUUAUUUUUAAUGGCUUAAUACAUAAAAUUUAUAGCUUUUGAAACAAUAUGUACUAUAAACUCGUAUACCUAAAUUGUAUUAUAGAAAUGACUAGUGCUUUAGAUAAAAUUUAGGUCUAAUGCUGGAUACUGAAACAAACACUAAAUACUUUGCUUUGUAAGUGCAGCUUUAAUUGUGAUAGUCAGAAUUAAAAUGGAUUUUGGAGAAUAAGCAUGCUCAUAUUUAUGUUUCAGUAUACGGCCAUAAGUGGAAUAUAGAACAUUACCAUAAAAUUAUGUUAGUAAUGAAUUAGGCAUGGUACUUUAAUACUGCAAAUAAUAAUGCUGUAAUUCAUGUAGUUAUUCAACACUUAUGGUUUCCAUAGAUUGAAUAGGGCCUUAUACAAUUUUUAUUAUUUUACUAGCCUAAGAAAUGAAAUAAUUUAGGUUUUAUAAUAUUUGCCUUG